AUGAAGAUCUCCCAGUCCUCUCCAUUUCUCCUCUUCCUCCUCCCUGCUAUUGCAUCUGCCUUUACAAACACUGCACCAACAGCCGGGUUAAGGUCACGCGAGUCGCGCGACUCUUCCGGUACCAACUCCAGACCGGUCGACUUCAAUGCCGUAUACAAUAGAGGGACGCCGGACGUCCCGGUGGAUGGGAAAGAUGGCAGGCCACACGCUGGGCCAUGGGUGGAAACAAGUGCGGAGCGAGAUCGAAAAGGCAGGGACGACGACAAGCCAAACCUUGUAUCGACCCAAUACGAUUCCAAGAUUCCCUCAUCCCAACGCCAGAGUACCGAUGAUGGCAAGGCGAUUCCGCACUCGAACAGUGGUGUGAUGGACGAUCCCUACCGGGCGGGCCCGAAAGAAGGCACGCGGGGCACAGAAGGGGGCGUGUCGGAGAAAGAGAAGGUGAACCAGUUCAACUCGGAGAAGGUGCCCGGAGGGCCGAAAGAGGUGCCUCCGUUGCCGCCGAGUGAGAAGCAAAAGCUGUCAGACAAUGACGGCACCUCGGGAGGCGGGGCUCGAGGCUCUGAUGGCACCGGGAAUCUCGGAGUGCUCGAGAAACCGGCGGACCUGCCCGAAUCACCCCACGACAAUUCGCGCCCAAAAACGCCAGCCCAGAUGAACGGGGAUUCGCUGGGAUCGGCGACUCUCGACUCAUCGACCGUCCCCAUAAGACUUUUUUUGGUGGCUGCGCUGAUGGCCAUGCGUCAUGCCCGCCUCGUCGUGUUCUCCGCCGCUUUCUGCGCGCUGGUUGCCAUGACCGUUCUCUCGGCUGUGCUGGGCCAUGCCGUUCCUACUUUGAUCCCGAAAUCGUUCACCAAGUUCAUGGCCGCGGUACUUUUCUUGAUCUUUGGCGUGAAGAUGCUCAAAGAAGGACGCGAGAUGUCCCCCGACGAGGGAGUGGGAGAAGAGAUGGCAGAGGUGGAGCAGGAACUGGAAGAGAAAGAACACCACCAGAGGCGCAUUGAUCGUCGUCGCUCCUCGGUGACCCCCCAGUCCUUGGAAGCCGGCCGUGCCGGAGGUCGUCCCAAGUCGCGCGGGGCCACCAACCGCAUGCCGUCGCCUCCCGAGAGCGUCUCCUCAUCUUCAUCCCGUGGCUCCUCUCCGCGGCCCAGCCGUUUCUGGGAUGAUUUUGUGGCAGGAAUCAAUAAUCUCUUUUCGCUGCUUCUCAGCCCGGCCUGGGUGCAGACCUUCGCCAUGACCUUCCUGGGGGAGUGGGGUGACCGCAGUCAGAUCGCGACGAUUGCCAUGGCUGCCGGCCAGGACUACUGGUGGGUGACCAUUGGCGCUAUUACCGGCCAUGGAAUUUGCACCGCUGUUGCUGUGAUCGGCGGUCGGGCCAUUGCCGGCCGCGUCAGUAUGCGCGUUGUGACAUUGGGCGGCGCCGCGGCUUUCCUCGUGUUUGGUGUUAUCUAUCUACUAGAAGCCAUCUAUUAA